AUGCUGUCCUUGUCAGAAUCAGUCGACCUCUUCUGGGGCCUCGUCGGCCCCUGGACCUUCCUCUGGAACGCCUUCACCUUCCUGCCCGGCACCAUCAUCCGCCUCGUCCGCGCCGGCGACUACGGGCGCCUCCUCUCCUUAUCUCGCUUCCGAGACGCCUGGUUCGGUGCCUUCUGGGGUUGGUGGGGCCCGAAGAUCCGCGUGGGCAACGGCGACCGCAUGGUCGCCCUCCUCGAGGGCCGCGUCUCGAACGCGAGGGUGGUCGAGGAAGCCGUCCACCCGCCCGUUAGCGGCGUCGUACUGGAGGUCGGCCCCGGCUCCGGGCUGUGGGUGGACCUCUUCGCCAAGAGCAGGCCCGCUACUGCGGCGGGAGAAGUUCUGAGACGCAAGAUCGCCGACGGCGUGACGCGGGUCUAUGGCGUUGAGCCCAACACCGAGGCGCACCCCGUGUUGAAGCAGCGGGUGGCGGAGGCCGGGCUGGAGGGCACGUACGAGAUCGUCCCUGCGGGCAUCGAGUCGUUGAACGACCCGACUGUGUGGGAGGGGAAGAUUGAGAAGGGGAGCGUCGACUGCAUCUUUUCCAUUCUCUGCCUGUGCAGUAUCCCGGAGCCGGAGAAGAACAUUCCGGAGCUGUACUCGUAUCUCAAGAAGGGCGGGAGGUGGUAUGUGUACGAGCACGUUCAGGUGUCGUAUAACUGGCCGCUGCGGCUUUACCAACGCCUUGUUAACCUCGUUUGGCCGCGUGCCUUGAACGGCUGCGAGCUUUGCCGGGAUACUCGUAAGACGCUGAUGAAUGCAGGUCCCUGGGAUAAGGUGGACGUCGCACAGCCUCCGAUCGAGCCGUGGUAUCAAAUCGUACCGCACAUUUUCGGCACAUUUACGAAAUAA